UAACGCGAAAAUUCCCGUUGCAACGUAAUUUGGCGAAGGAGUUCUCUAGCGUCUGGUUGCGUUUCGCGAAAUUCGUUGAGUCGCUCGAUUAAUUAUUCGAGAAGAACAGGAAGGAGAGGAGGGAUUCGCGGAAACGCGAAUAAGCGAUUCAAGAGGUUCGAGGUCGAUCGAGAUAUCGCUGGAGCGGCGGCGAUAUCGCGACGGUGCCGCUGGAAAUUUUAUCAAUACCGCGGCCGUCUAGUCGCUGACAGUCGUUCGUGAAAAGUACGCGGUCAUCUGACGGGGUUGCCAGGACCACCGGAUAGCUCUAGUUCAGGAAACCAGCAGCGACCGACGAACAACAUGGCCACCGAGGGCGGUCUAACAGCGGAUGCGGCUGCAGCAGGUGCAGGUUCCGGUGAGAUCGUCGGGGGUCCCAGGACGCCUCAGCAAAUCGCCUCGCAGAAACGAUUGCAGGCGACGCAGGCGCAGGUCGACGAGGUCGUCGACAUUAUGAAAACGAACGUUGAGAAGGUCCUGGAACGUGAUCAAAAGCUCUCAGAACUCGAUGAUCGGGCAGACGCGCUACAGCAAGGAGCGUCACAGUUUGAGCAACAAGCAGGGAAACUGAAAAGGAAGUUUUGGCUUCAAAAUCUAAAGAUGAUGAUCAUCAUGGGCAUCAUGGUGCUGAUCGUAUUGGCCAUUAUUGUCGCGAAAUUCAUGCCGGAAUCGGCACCACCACCGCCACCGUACGCUUAUCCACCACCGGGCAUGCCAGCCCAGCUGCCACCCGCGCCACCCGCAGCUCCGGCCGCCGCAUCAUCAGGAGGCACCGGAAGUCAGAGCGGUUCCCAGACCGCUGGUGCGGCACUGGUCGGCAAUCUGAACGGUAUACACAGCGUGAUGUAAACGGGAGCACUCACCAUACCGUACCGCAAUACGAAUUUUCCAAUUAAUCUUAAGCGAGUAAAACAUCAUGCCGUAAAACGAGAACAGACAAAGAAAAUCCCGGCACAAAGCCGGCCGCUGCACGCAAGUCCACGAGGAACCGUAUCCAAUUAAUCCCGCAAACUGACUAAUUAGGUUUCUUUUCGAUCGUACGCGGUAGAAGGGAAAAACGUGCCGACGGUGGAAGUUCGAUCGGUGAACGGAACGGUUAACGCGUUAACUGCUGGCAACGCGUGCCACGAAAUGAGUGUUCUUCUGACGAUCGAGCAAAUUAAUUAUAAUCCGUCUCGAUUCCAUGUUUUUCUUUUUUUCAUUCACGCCGCGUCCCGAUGCGUCCCGUAGCCUAACAACACGAGGCACACGCUAAUUCCUCUGCGCAGUUUACGCGUCAACUUGUUCGCGAGUUCUCUGUAGCUCUUGUUAGAGUCAGUAUCCGUCACUUCUGCUCUGUUCCAAUUGUCGCGAUCAUGACGAGAAAAAAAAAGAAGGAAGCCGUAGACCGAUAGGGAGCUGAGUCCAGCCUCCGGAACGUUUACUUCGAUAUCUAAACAUAGAUUAAGACGUCGAUCUCAACUAAUCGCGAUUCUCCACGCGUAUUCCUCGUAAUCGAUCCUAAAUGAAAAGACGGUCUGAGGAAGACGAUAUGGAGGACACGCUGCCCGCGUCUCAGCGGUCGAACAUGUGUAUCUAUGGAUACGCGUGUACAUGUACAUAAAUUAUUACGAAUUGUCGAUGUAAGAUUAAACUAUGCAUAUAGGGGAUGUGUUGACAGAAAUGUAGUACCUUUUUCUAGGGUCGAGUUCCUCGCGCUGAUACGAACGAUAAAGUUCUUUUCCAUUUCGCGAUCCGAGGCUCCGUUGUCGAGAUUUAAAUGGCUCAUGCAGUGGAGUCCAAGAUAAGCUCCGGAGCACAGGCUCCUUUCCGUGGAAAGGGAAGGUAAAAUCGCAUCAGUAAAUUUUAAUUGCUCAUAUCUCGACAACGGAGCUUCAGAUCGCAAAAUGGCAGAAGCGUUUCGAUUUAUUUUCGCGCGAGAAAUUAAUUCUGAAAAACGGUUCCACACUUUUGUUAACGCCCUGUGUCAUAUAUAUAUGACUUAUAAAUACGUGGCAGACAAGCAGAUAGAGGAAAAAAAACCCGACAGAGAGAAAGUGAGGGAGAGAAAGAAUGAUUGUUAGCGUUAAAUUUUAUUAUUCGUCACCGACGGUUGGCGUGGAACUGUUGCGAGCAAUUAUUGCUGUCGUUCGAUGAUUUCCGCGUUGACUACGUUCCUUUAAAAUCUCACCUUGCAACCCUUAUUUUUGUAGAUUCCCCUGUAAUAAUUUUCGUCUCUGCUACAAUUUGCACCGUUACUUAACACACGGACACGUUUUAAUCUCUUUUGAAAGAGUUUAGCGAAACUCUGAUAGCUGUUCGUUGUUUCUUUCUAUGAAUCCUCGGUUAAAUAAGAUACCGCCGAAGAUAAUUCGUUAAUGAUGGCUGCAUUCAGCAGAGACAACUGUCGGGUGAUUCUCUUGGAUUCUCUGUUUCGAUUCGCCUAGUCACUUCUAAUAAACGAAUCGAAAGCAGAGAAUCCAAGAGAAUCACUCAACAGUUGCACAACUGUUGCCUCUGCUGAAUGCAUCCAUUUACUCCGCAAAUGCUUCCUUUCUUUGUCUAUGACAGAACUAGGCGCCACAUGGCGCUACAAGGAGACGUGGCCGCAUCGUGGUAGCGUUCUCCUGUGGCGCCAAUAGUUUACGUGCUCUCCGUGCGCUGAAACGAUCGUGUACUCGACUCUGGUCUAUGGAUUAGUCCUUGUUUAUGCGUACAGGCGUUUCACAAACUUUAAAUGUAUUUUUAAAUUAUUUCCAACGAUACCCGUAAACGAUAUACGUGUACGACUUCGAUUAUCUAUCCGCGUAUAUUUCAGGAGCAAGAAUAGCUAUAACUUCGGGAAGCAUUUGCAAGUUUGAUGAAAUUUGAUUAUUUUAAUGUGUUAAAUCGCACUUAAGAAAUCUUUCGUUCGGAAUCGAUCAGACGUUCGAUAAUCGAUGCGUGAGGGUGAAACGCAAUGUAUGUUUCAUUAAAUGAAUUUUGGCGGUCUUCUCUUUGUUGAUCUAAUCAUCUAAUCGAAUUUGUCUGUUCGUCUUCCGCGAAAAUAAUAGUUCAGUUUUUAUAAAAACAAUGCAAAAGAUUAUUACCUUACGCUGUACAGUUGUACCAUAAUUCCCGCGUUUUCAAAAUAAAACGAAAGGUCAGAGAAUGUUUAAAACGGGAAAUAAAUAUGAAUCAAAUUACGUGACGGUUCAAUCGAAGAUUCAUUAUGGCGAUAAGAUAGAAACGAAAGAUCACUUUGUUGCAUGGUAUUUGAUACAAGUAAUACACCUAUCUUCCCGAUAUACACGGUAAAACAUUCUAUAAAAAACCGUAUACACCGAAAGAAAACAAAAUUCUAUAACUUGGACAAUUAUUUAUUUAAUUUAAUUCAAUGGAAUUAUAAAUAUAUUACAAAAUCCAUAGUUAUUUAUCACUAAUCAUCGAAUGUAAAGUUUUAAAAAUUUCUAAUUAGAUGCUCCCUUCUGCUGCUAACGCUUUAUUGUUCCAAUUAAUAUCAAUGCUUUUUGUGUAAAAAAAAAAGAAA